GCCUGCGCCCCUGAACGCAGCACAACUCAAUCGCAGGCAAAGAUGGCCGCGUCAUACGUAGUUUUGUAGUUCCGAAACGAGACGUUUGUUUACGAGCACUAUCACACCGGACUGGAUCUCCGCCAGCAUUCGUGCAGCUAUAUAUAUUCACAGGGACUCCGACGCAAUGCAUUCCACCGACAGCGCCAAUUGCCUGGGCAGCAAAUCCUUGGCAAUCUGUUGCCUGCUCCUCCACCUCUUCCUCUUCCCCCAGCCAGCGGUGUCACAGACUCAAAGUUCGCAACGCUAUCUGCAAUCUGGGGACAACAACAACGAACGCAUGCAGCAGAUUCUCAAGGGAUCCGGAGCGGUCACGCAGUUCAACUGGCCACAGCCGCCCAAACAAACCCAAAUUCCCAAUGUUAGGGUUGAACUGGCCAAAUUAAACAACACUUAUGUUUACCAAAACGCCUGGCCGGCGAACAAUGUCAAGCUGGGACAGGUGACGGCCGUAAGCUUCGACAAGGCCGGCAACGUGGUGAUCUUCCACCGCGUGGACCGCAUCUGGGGAAUGACCACCUUCGACAACAGGAACCAAUUCCAGGAGAAGAACCGCGGACCCAUCAGGGAGAGCACCAUCCUGGCUCUGGAGCCGGCAACGGGCAAAGUGCAGUACGACUGGGGCAAGAAUUUCUUUUACAUGCCACAUGGUCUGACAGUAGACCCCGAGGACAACGUUUGGACGACGGACGUGGCCAUGCACCAGGUUUUCAAGUUUCCGCCACGCGGAGGCGAUGGAAAACCGCUCCUCACUCUCGGCGAAGCCUUCCAACCCGGUGUCGGGCAUAAAUUCUGCAAGCCCACCUCGGUGGCGGUGUUGGAAAACGGCGACUUCUUCGUGGCGGAUGGAUACUGCAAUGCCCGCAUCCUCAAGUACUCUAAAGCGGGAGAGCUCAUCCUGUCCUGGGGACAGAACUCCUUCUCAGGCACAUCGUACGACGUGGCUCCCCCGAACUACUUCGCCAUUCCCCACGGCCUUACUCUGGUUCCGGAGCUGCAGCUGCUCUGUGCGGCGGACAGAGAGAACGGACGGGUGCAGUGCUUCUUCUCCACCAACGGCACCUUCCACUCACAGUACCACAACCAGCUGAUAGGGGACCGUCUCUUCAGCAUGGCCUACACCCCGGCAGCGGGUGGGCAGUUGGUGAUUGUAAACGGACCCUCCGGCAAGUUGGGAUACGAUCCCGAAAGCUACCACGAGGUGCGCGGCUUUGUGCUGAGCAUGCGGAGCAAGCAACUGGUAUCGAAAUUCGGUCCCAAUGAGCACGAGUUCCAAAACCCACACGACGUGGCUGUCACCGCUGAUGGCAACGAGAUCUAUGUGGCCGAACUAAAUCCAAUGCGCAUACACAAGUUUGUGCACAGGUCGCUGGCCAAGCCGAUGUCCUUGUCGGCCACUAAGGACACCAGCAACAGCGCAGUCAGCCAGGCUGUGGGAGAGGCGGCGGCGCCGCCACAGACUGUGCACCACCCCAGUGGCAAGGCCAUUCUGGUGGCCUCGCUCAUGCUUCUCUUCGCGGGCUCAACUUUUGCACUGGCACUGAUUUUCGCCCGGCGAAGGAAACGAGGUAACCAAGCAAGCAGCUCAGCUCCGCCCAGUGACCUGGUGUACCGGCAGCUGACCUCUUCCGACCAGAGUUGCCUGCCCUUUGGUGCGCGCAGUCGUCGUCACGCCUGGGAGAAGAGCGAAGGCUUUAAGCUGGGCGGCCUGCUCGAUCGGGAUCGCAAUGGAUUCGAGAAGCUGGACCAGCAGGCCAGCGAUGAAGAGCAGGAGACGAAGACGCUGGCGAGCUCCCAGUUUGCCUAGACGAAGGACCAAGACUUACGCAGCUAACGAAGCAUUCCUAGUUCUAACUACCUGUACCUCAUUGAAAAACCGACUUAGUUGUACUCGUGCUAUAGGUGUCUUUUCGUUGUGAUUUUGUUUCACUUUUUUUAGGGGCACAUUCGGCAGAGAAAUUCAGACCAGGGAGUAUUUAUUCUGAUUUCAUUCAAGGCUGCCAAGGCAUUCGAAAGAUAUACUUAUAUCUGUACUUUUAGCGUUAGUUUAAAGCGAGAUUGGUUACAAACAAGGCUAUAGCUACUUAUAGAUAUUUUAUAUUGGACUGCCGAUUGAGAAAACAAAAAAAAAAAGAAUCCAUCGACUGUAGUCGUCAACCACUACUUUUUAAAGUAAAUAUACCAAUCUUACUUAGCUUUUCAUAGGUACUAUCUUAACUUAUACUUGUUUAUAAGAGUUAAAUUGAGGUUCUCUGCCAAAAGUGCAUCCUGUCUUGCGAAUGAUUUGCCAAACGGAAUAUAGUCUUAUGAAUCUGUCA